AUGAUGGCACGAGACACGGACAACGGAGUUGUCUUGGAGGCAUUCGCGGUGACCAACGGAGUGAAGCCGGGCUGCAUCCUCGCGCCUACCCUUUUCAGUCUCAUGUUCUACGUCAUGAUGAUGGACGCCUACCGUGUCGAACGCCCUGGGAUCCGCAUCGCCUACAGGACGGACGGCCAACUCCUUCAUCAUCGUCCGAUGCACUUCCAGUCGCAUGUAUCCGCAAAUUCCGUUCAUAAACUUCUCUUAACCGACGAUUGCGCUUGCAAAUCAACUACAGAAGGCGACAUACAAAGAUCGGAUCACUUUGCUGCUGCCUGUGACAACUUCGACCUGGCCAUCAACACGGAGAAGACGGUGGUUAUGCAUCAACCGACACCUGACGCUGCCUAA